CAUUCAACUGCCCUCCACACUUUCUUCAACUCCAACUCUCUAUUCGAUUUCUACCAUUUUCCUUCCAUCUGUUCUCUCCGACCUUGAAUUCGAGGCUUUUCAACUUUGUCUUGAAGUUGAAGCUUCAAACAAAGCUUUCUUCAGUUUUUGAAAAGUUGCAAUGGGGAGGCUUUUUCUUGUUGAAUUCGAUCAAACUCCUGAAGUCCAUUUCUACUGCUGUCGAACUUGCCAAGCUCACAUUGCCUUAUCCCAAGACUGCUUUUCCCGAAUGGAGCAGCUUAGGGAAGGCAUGUUCUCAAAUGUUGUCAAUGUUGUAGUUGAUAUUAGGAUGGAAGGUUUUUUCCAAGUAGAAGAUAUCCACUGUGUCAGAUGCAACGAGCCAUUGGGCUGGAGAUAUAUUCGUGCGGAGCCGAAUGGAACUUUUCUGCUUAAGUUGGCUCAUCUUCUGUUUUGGGACGGAGCAAGGCUACUGAAUGCUGACACACUUUUGGAUCCAGUGGUAGAUCAGGAGAAUCAGGAGGAUCAUCCUCAGGAGAAUCAGGAGGAUCAGGGGAAUCAGGAGAAUCAGGAGGAUCAGGGGAAUCAGGGUGAGGAGGAUGAGGAUGACCAAGGCCCAGAUGAUAACGUGGACAUCGACUGAUCCUAUAAAUUUUGUAUUCCUCUACUACUUCAAUUCUUUUCCUUCUCCAUGAAGUGGGGAUCAUUGUUUUGGUUGCUUAGUGUGAGGAAACAGAAUUCAAAUUGGCAGUUUGAUACUCUGUUUUCCAUGGUUUUUCUGGAAUUUUAGUAAUUGAAUUAGCAUAGGAACAGAUAGGAGAAAUGUAUUGAAUUGAAUUGAACAAUCUUGUGCGGUUUUGUAAGUUGUAGGGAAGAAGUGAGGUGGAGAACAGUUUUGUUUUGGGAAUAUUGAUUUCUUCUGUAUUUCUUACAGCCAAAUCAGCAUUGGUUGGGGGUGUUACAUUGAUAUGACUUAGUAUUUUU